GGAGCUGAGGCGCCCGGGGCCGCCUCUCGCCCCAUCUGGAUUCAAUCAGGGCCGCCAGCAUUCCUGAGCGCUGAGCCGCUUCCGCGCUGCCGCACUCUGCGGCGGCCAUGGGGCCCUGGCGCUGCCUGCUUCUCCUGCCGCUCCUCGCCGCGGCACCGCGCGCACAGCAGCAGCAGUUCAUGGAGUACGUGGAGCGGCGGCUGGUGAUGCUGGAGGAGAGGAUCGCGCAGUGGCACGAUCAGAGCAGCCGUUACUCCACGGAGCUGCGGGACUUCAAGAACCAGGUGCUGGGCAUGCUGGAGACGGCGGAGAAGGAGCGCGAGGCUCUGCGGACCGAAGCGGAGAGCGCGGCGGCGCGGGUGGACCGCCUGGAGCGAGAGGUGGAUUACCUGGAAACGCAGAACCCCGCACCACCCUGCGUGGAGGUGGACGAAGUGCUGACGGAGAAGCAGGCGGCCACGGCCAAGCAAAGGAAGAACGAGAAGUACAGCAAAGUGACGGAUUGCAGUGACACCAUUGCAAGCGUCAGAGCCAUGAAGAUCCUGAAGCGCUUCGGCAGCGCCGUGGGGCUCUGGACCAAGGAUGCUGCAGGGAACUCCGAGAAGAUUUACGUCUUCGAUGGCACUGCCAACGACACGGUGUACGUCUUCCCCCGCAUGCGGGAGUUCACGCUCUUCUCGGCCACGCGCCGUGCAGCCCGCAUCAAGCUGCCCUACCCCUGGGUGGGCACCGGGCACCUGGUCUACGGCGGGUACCUCUACUACAUCCGCCAGCAGGGCCCCUUCCAGGUGAUCAAGUUCGACCUGGCCAACAAGACGGUGGUGGACAGCUCGGUGUUCCCAGCCGAGGAGCAGAUCCCCGUCUUCGGGCUCUCCCCCUUCACCUACAUCGAGCUGGCGGCGGACGAAGAGGGGCUCUGGGCCAUCUACGCCACCAAGGAGAACGAGAAGAACAUCUGCCUGGCCAAGCUGGACCCCGACUCGCUGGACAUCGAGCAGAUGUGGGACACGCCGUGCCCGCGGGAGAACGCCGAGGGCGCCUUCGUGGUGUGCGGGGCUCUGCAUGUGGCCUACAACACCCGGCUGCCCAGCCGCUCCCGCGUGCAGUGCGUCUUCGACGUCAGUGGGACGCUGCCCCCCGAGGAGGCUUCCCUCGUGUACUUCCCCAAACGCUACGGCUCCCAUUCCAGCAUGAAGUACAGCCCCCGCGAGAGGCAGAUCUACGCCUGGGACGACGGCUACCAGAUCAUCUACCGCAUGGAGAUGAAGAAGAAGCUGGAGGUCUGAAGGGCCCCUGCAAAAGCCUGGACUGAUGAAAUGAGGUUUUCUACUCUGUGAUGCAAUGAAUAAAUGCUAUGCAGCACGCUGCAGCGGCCUGCUUGGGGGGAGUGUGGGGCGCUGGGGGCUGCAGCAGUGAGCUCUAUGCUGCCAUGAACUGCCUCAAAAUGUCUUUCCUAGAGGUUUCCUGAAGCUGUGAGUGCACAGUCUGGGCUGUGGGCUGGGCAGGGCUCUGGGCAGAGGUUGGGCUGGAGUUCAGCAGCUUCUGCUGCAGUGAGAGCACCUCUGGGCCUGGCUGGGGCAUGGCAUGAACAAAGCUGCAAGCAAACUGCACAAUCCCUUAAUCCAAAAGGACAACUGGAGGUUUUGCUCACAUGCUGGCGAGGCCUCCAGCCAGCAGGCACCAGAUGUUCCUCAUUUUCUCAGUUCGCAUCUAACAAAGCACGGUUGUCUUCCCUUUGCAGCCACAGUGGUGGCAGACCCUUUCUGCAAGGCUCCAUUCCCUGAGUCCCCAUUCCACAUGGCAGUGCCUGAGACCCAGGGUGUGGGGGCAGCUGGGGGCCACAGCCAACAUGCACUGGGGGGGAACUGUCCCAGAAGGGCCCUGAGCAUGAGGAUGUGGCCUCAGCAGCCCCAGCUGGAAGCAGAAAAACAGCAGAUUCUCACGCACUGCCACAUGCACCUCUCCCCUGGGGGAUGGAGGGUUGGGCUGGAGAUGGCACCAAUGCUCCACAACCACACCACAGUUCAUUCCUGUCACAGUUCCUCCAGAUGCCUGAGGAUGCAGAAGUUGAAUUUAGGAUAUCUGUGUGUCACGGAGCGUGCUUUGUCCACAACAGAAAUCAGCUCUGGAGACAAAUGCUUGUGUGAAGCCUGAGCCGCUCCAGCCAUUGAGGGUCGCCCCUGCUGUGGGGCUGCAGUUGGGCAGCCUGGCCCUGAGGUUCCCCUGCAGCCUCUGGGAUGCUGAGCUGCCACUCAGAGCUGACCCGAUAGCUACCCAGAGCUCUUCUGUAUGCUAAUUAAAUAUCUUCUGCUUCCUUCAGAAAAAUGCUUAAAUACACACUUUGAAUGAGUGUAAUUGGAUGGUGCAGAAAGUUCAACACAGUGUAAGUCAAGCGGAGAAAUUAUCCAAGGGUGAAGAGCUAUGUGCACUGCCAAGUUAAUUUAUAGCCCUUUUCACAAUCAGUAACUGCAGCAACAAAUGCAAUUUUCAGAAGUUGUACAGUUGUAACUAAUGAUGGGGCAUGGUGGGGUGGUGCUGAUGGCCUGACUGCGUGAUCCUGGAGGUCUUCGCCAACCUUAAUGAUUCUGUGGUUCCAUCCUAAUGAUUUUUUUGGCAUGAAUUACAGCUGAUGGAACGCCAGAAAUCACCU